AUGGCCGUGGUGGAGCUCCCGGCCAACGCCACCAUUGGAGCUCCCGGCCAACGCCACCAUUGGAGCUCCCGGCCAACGCCAUCCUUGGAGCUCCCGGCCAACGCCAUCCUUGGAGCUCCCGGCCAACGCCACCAUUGGAGCUCCCGGCCAACGCCACCAUUGGAGCUCUCGGCCAACGCCACCAUUGGAGCUCCCGGCCAACGCCACCAUUGGAGCUCCCGGCCAACGCCACCAUUGGAGCUCCCGGCCAACGCCACCAUUGGAGCUCCCGGCCAACGCCAUCCUUGGAGCUCCCGGCCAACGCCAUCCUUGGAGCUCCUGGCCAACGCCAUCCUUGGAGCUCCUGCCCAACGCCACCAUUGGAGCUCCCGGCCAACGCCAUCCUUGGAGCUCCUGCCCAACGCCACCAUUGGAGCUCCCGGCCAACGCCACCAUUGGAGCUCCCGGCCAACGCCAUCCUUGGAGCUCCUGCCCAACGCCACCAUUGGAGCUCCCGGCCAACGCCACCAUUGGAGCUCCUGCCCAACGCCACCAUUGGAGCUCCCGGCCAACGCCAUCCUUGGAGCUCCUGCCCAACGCCACCAUUGGAGCUCCCGGCCAACGCCACCAUUGGAGCUCCCGGCCAACGCCACCAUUGGAGCUCCCGGCCAACGCCACCAUUGGAGCUCCCGGCCAACGCCACCAUUGGAGCUCCCGGCCAACGCCAUCCUUGGAGCUCCCGGCCAACGCCAUCCUUGGAGCUCCUGGCCAACGCCAUCCUUGGAGCUCCUGCCCAACGCCACCAUUGGAGCUCCCGGCCAACGCCAUCCUUGGAGCUCCUGCCCAACGCCACCAUUGGAGCUCCCGGCCAACGCCACCAUUGGAGCUCCCGGCCAACGCCAUCCUUGGAGCUCCUGCCCAACGCCACCAUUGGAGCUCCCGCCCAACGCCACCAUUGGAGCUCCCGGCCAACGCCACCAUUGGAGCUCCCGGCCAACGCCAUCCUUGGAGCUCCUGCCCAACGCCACCAUUGGAGCUCCCGGCCAACGCCACCAUUGGAGCUCCCGGCCAACGCCACCAUUGGAGCUCCCAGCCAACGCCAUCCUUGGUGCUCCUGCCCAACGCCACCAUUGGAGCUCCCGGCCAACGCCACCAUUGGAGCUCCCGGCCAACGCCACCAUUGGAGCUCCUGCCCAACGCCACCAUUGGAGCUCCCGGCCAACGCCACCAUUGGAGCUCCCAGCCAACGCCAUCCUUGGAGCUCCUGCCCAACGCCACCAUUGGAGCUCCCGGCCAACGCCACCAUUGGAGCUCCCGGCCAACGCCAUCCUUGGAGCUCCCGGCCAACGCCAUCCUUGGAGCUCCUGGCCAACGCCAUCCUUGGAGCUCCUGCCCAACGCCACCAUUGGAGCUCCCGGCCAACGCCAUCCUUGGAGCUCCUGCCCAACGCCACCAUUGGAGCUCCCGGCCAACGCCACCAUUGGAGCUCCCGGCCAACGCCAUCCUUGGAGCUCCUGCCCAACGCCACCAUUGGAGCUCCCGGCCAACGCCACCAUUGGAGCUCCUGCCCAACGCCACCAUUGGAGCUCCCGGCCAACGCCAUCCUUGGAGCUCCUGCCCAACGCCACCAUUGGAGCUCCCGGCCAACGCCACCAUUGGAGCUCCCGGCCAACGCCACCAUUGGAGCUCCCAGCCAACGCCAUCCUUGGAGCUCCUGCCCAACGCCACCAUUGGAGCUCCCGGCCAACGCCACCAUUGGAGCUCCCGGCCAACGCCACCCUUGGAGCUCCUGCCCAACGCCACCAUUGGAGCUCCCGGCCAACGCCACCAUUGGAGCUCCCAGCCAACGCCAUCCUUGGAGCUCCUGCCCAACGCCACCAUUGGAGCUCCCGGCCAACGCCACCAUUGGAGCUCCUGCCCAACGCCACCAUUGGAGCUCCCGGCCAACGCCACCAUUGGAGCUCCCGGCCAACGCCACCAUUGGAGCUCCUGCCCAACGCCACCAUUGGAGCUCCCGGCCAACGCCACCAUUGGAGCUCCUGCCCAACGCCACCAUUGGAGCUCCCGGCCAACGCCAUCCUUGGAGCUCCUGCCCAACGCCACCAUUGGAGCUCCCGGCCAACGCCACCAUUGGAGCUCCCGGCCAACGCCACCAUUGGAGCUCCCAGCCAACGCCAUCCUUGGUGCUCCUGCCCAACGCCACCAUUGGAGCUCCCGGCCAACGCCACCAUUGGAGCUCCCGGCCAACGCCACCAUUGGAGCUCCUGCCCAACGCCACCAUUGGAGCUCCCGGCCAACGCCACCAUUGGAGCUCCCAGCCAACGCCAUCCUUGGAGCUCCUGCCCAACGCCACCAUUGGAGCUCCCGGCCAACGCCACCAUUGGAGCUCCCGGCCAACGCCAUCCUUGGAGCUCCCGGCCAACGCCUCAUCCUUGGAGCUCCUGGCCAACGCCAUCCUUGGAGCUCCUGCCCAACGCCACCAUUGGAGCUCCCGGCCAACGCCAUCCUUGGAGCUCCUGCCCAACGCCACCAUUGGAGCUCCCGGCCAACGCCACCAUUGGAGCUCCCGGCCAACGCCAUCCUUGGAGCUCCUGCCCAACGCCACCAUUGGAGCUCCCGGCCAACGCCACCAUUGGAGCUCCUGCCCAACGCCACCAUUGGAGCUCACCGGCCAACGCCAUCCUUGGAGCUCCUGCCCAACGCCACCAUUGGAGCUCCCGGCCAACGCCACCAUUGGAGCUCCCGGCCAACGCCACCAUUGGAGCUCCCAGCCAACGCCAUCCUUGGAGCUCCUGCCCAACGCCACCAUUGGAGCUCCCGGCCAACGCCACCAUUGGAGCUCCCGGCCAACGCCACCAUUGGAGCUCCUGCCCAACGCCACCAUUGGAGCUCCCGGCCAACGCCACCAUUGGAGCUCCCAGCCAACGCCAUCCUUGGAGCUCCUGCCCAACGCCACCAUUGGAGCUCCCGGCCAACGCCACCAUUGAGCUCCUGCCCAACGCCACCAUUGGAGCUCCCGGCCAACGCCACCAUUGGAGCUCCCGGCCAAUCGCCACCAUUGAGCUCCUGCCAACGCCACCAUUGGAGCUCCCGGCCAACGCCACCAUUGAGAGCUCCCAGCCAACGCCAUCCUUGAGCUCCUGCCCAACGCCACCAUUGGAGCUCCCGGCCAACGCACCAUUGGAGCUCCCGGCCAACGCCACCAUUGGAGCUCCUGCCCAACGCCACCAUUGGAGCUCCCGGCCAACGCCACCAUUGGAGCUCCUAGCCAACGCCAUCCUUGGAGCUCCUGCCCAACGCCACCAUUGGAGCUCCCGGCCAACGCCACCAUUGGAGCUCCUGCCCAACGCCACCAUUGGAGCUCCCGGCCAACGCCACCAUUGGAGCUCCCGGCCAACGCCACCAUUGGAGCUCCUGCCCAACGCCACCAUUGGAGCUCCCGGCCAACGCCACCAUGGAGCUCCCGGCCAACGCCAUCCUUGGAGCUCCUGCCCAAACGCCACCAUUGGAGCUCCCGGCACGCCACCAUUGGAGCUCCUGCCAACGCCACCAUUGGAGCUCCUGCCCAACGCCACCAUUGGAGCUCCCGGCCAACGCCACCAUUGGAGCUCCGCCAACCCACCAUUGGAGCCCUGGCUAAAUGGAGCCAUUUGUUGGAGGACAUCAUAG